AUGAAGAGUCUCACCGUCGCAAGCGUGCUGGCGCUCAUCGCCGCCGCCACUUCCACUUCGGCGUACGAAUACCCUCCCAUCCCCGCCGACAAGACCACCCCCACCCAGACUCGUCUCUCCUACAAGUCGCUCAACGCCGUCUCCGUCGCCUGGAACACCUAUCAAAAGAUCGACAAGCCAUGCGUCGCCUACGGUACGGACCCUAAGAAGCUCACCAAGCGUGCCUGCUCUUCCUCCUCCACCACCUACCCGACCUCGCGAACCUGGUUCCAGAAUGUCGUCCUCCCCAACCUCAACCCCAAGACCACCUACUACUACAAGAUUGACUCGACCAACUCGACCACUCUCUCGUUCAAGAGUGCCGCCAAGCCCGGCGACACGUCGCAGCUUGUCGUCAACGCUGUCAUCGAUAUGGGUGUCUAUGGUCUCGACGGCUACACGACCACGACGAAGCGUGACAUCCCUAACAUCCCUCCCAGUCUUACGCACUCUACCAUCGACCAGCUCGUGCAGAGCAAGGAUCAGUACGACUUUGUCGUGCACCCAGGCGACUUUGCGUACGCCGACGACUGGUACCUCCGUCCCCAGAACCUGCUCGAUGGCAAGAACGCAUAUGCUGCCAUCACUGAGCUUUUCUUCAACCAGCUGAGCUAUGUCUCGUCUGUAAAGCCGUACAUGGCUUCGCCCGGCAAUCACGAGGCGGCCUGCUACGAGAUUGGCUAUCGAGACGGCACCUGCCCCGAAGGCCAGUACAACUUCACCGACUACUCGCAGCGCUUUGGCCCCAACAUGCCGACGACGUUUGCUUCGCAGUCUCGCAACAACGCCGCCAAGGCCAACGCAACCAAGGCGCAGUCGCUUGCCCUGCCGCCGUUCUGGUACAGCUACGACGUCGGCAUGGUGCACUUCAUCUCGCUCGACACUGAGACUGAUUUCCCUUCGGCUCCCGAUACGGCCAACCUGGGCGCGGGUCCAUACGGCCGCAUGAACCAGCAGUUGGACUUCAUCAAGACCGAUCUUGCUUCCGUCGACCGCACCGUGACUCCCUGGGUGAUUGCUUUGGGUCACCGACCGUGGUACAGCACUGGAGAGUCGGACAACGUCUGCUCCGAAUGCCAGACUGCCUUUGAAGACAUCUUCUACCAGUACGGUGUGGAUCUCUUUGUUGCCGGUCACGUGCACAACCUCCAACGUCAGAAGCCGACCUACCGUAACAACAUCGACAGUGCCGGUCUGAACAACCCCAAGGCGCCCUGGCACAUCAUCGCCGGUGCAGCCGGCAACAUCGAGGGUCUCUCCCUCGCAGGACAGCGCCCCGCCUACAACGACUUUGUCGACGACCUUCACAACGGUUAUGCCAGGUUGACGUUCAAGGACAAGAACAACCUCAAGGUCGAUAUGAUCCACUCAACCAACGGCGAGGUGCUCGACUCGGCCACGCUGUACAAGAAGCACGACGUGCAGUUUGUUCAGCAACAGGUGCCCGCCAAGAAGAGGUCCCUCUUCGCUAGGAUGCUCGGCGGCUCCGUCAAGCGCGACGUUUAG